AUGUCCCAUUCUUAUAGAUCCACCAGGUCUUCUGCUAAAGAAACACAGUCGUUCGAAAACACCAUCAUUCAAGGUUUAGCAUCUGAUGGAGGUCUCUUUAUCCCCUCCGAAAUUCCUCAAGUUGAUGCCAAAACCCUCGAAAAAUGGUCAAGUUUGAGCUUUCAAGAUCUUGCCCUGGAAAUCAUGAAACUUUACAUUUCAAGUGAGGAAAUCCCAGAAGCGGACUUGAAAGAGUUGGUCCAGAGAUCUUACUCUACCUUCCGCUCGAGCGAGGUUACACCAUUGGCCAAGAAUGUUAGCGGCAACGGAGAGCAUUUGCAUGUGCUUGAGCUGUAUCACGGUCCAACAUACGCCUUCAAAGACGUAGCAUUGCAAUUCGUGGGCAACCUAUUUGAAUACUUUUUGCAAAGAGCCAACAAGGAUUUGCCACAGGAGAAGCGCAAGAAGAUCACCGUUGUGGGUGCUACCUCUGGUGACACCGGUAGUGCUGCCAUCUACGGUAUGAGAGGCAAAAAAGACGUUUCGGUUUUCAUCCUGUAUCCAACCGGUAGAAUCUCUCCUAUUCAAGAGGAACAGAUGACGACUGUGCCCGACAAAAACGUGCAAACUCUAUCCGUGAAGGGUACUUUUGAUAACUGUCAAGAUAUCGUCAAGGCCAUUUUCGGUGACGUUGAGUUCAACAAAAAGCACAAUGUUGGUGCUGUGAACUCCAUCAACUGGGCUAGAAUCUUGGCCCAGAUGACUUACUACUUCUACGCCUACUUCCAGGCUAUCAAAGGUGCUCAGAGCAAAGUCAAGUUCGUUGUACCCAGCGGCAACUUUGGUGACAUCUUGGCCGGCUACUAUGCCAAGAAGAUGGGUCUACCAGUCGAAAGACUGGUCAUCGCCACCAACUCUAACGAUAUUCUGGACAGAUUCAUGAAGACUGGUAUCUACGAAAGAUCUGACGAUGUUGCCGCAACCCUAUCACCAGCUAUGGAUAUCCUUGUGUCCUCAAACUUCGAGAGACUACUGUGGUACCUAGCUCGUGAUGUGCUAGCUGCCGGUGAUGAUCAAAAAGCCGGAGAAAUCUUGAACCAGUGGUUCGUCCAACUAAAGACAGAAGGAAAGUUUGUCGUUGAUCCUGCUGUCAUCGAACGUGCCUUGACUGACUUCGACUCUGAAAGAGUGUCGGACCCUGAAACCAAGGAAACCAUAAAGGAAAUGUACAGGUCUUCUCAGAACCCUAAGAACUACAUCUUGGAUCCUCACACCGCCGUUGGUGUUUGCGCCACUAAAAGACAGAUGGCGAAGGACAAUGACAACAGUAUCCAGUACAUUUCGUUGUCCACUGCUCACCCUGCCAAGUUUGCCGAUGCUGUGAAUGAUGCCCUAUCGGAGUGUGAAGGCUAUUCAUUCGAAAAGGAUGUCCUUCCUGAGGAGUUGAAGAAACUGUCUACUUUGGAAAAGAAGCUAAAAUUCGUCGAGAAAGCUGACGUUGGGCUCGUUAAACAAACCAUCGAGGAGGAAUUGGUCAAAAUGGGUCUAUUUUGA